CCGUCAAAAUAACCAAGAUAGAUCUACACACAAACCAGAUCACCUCGGCAACCGAAACUCGAUAUGGGCUUCGAACAGGUCAUUACAAUGAUGCUCACCUUCAAGGAUACACCAACCAGGGCGGCUACUUUCGGGUCCUCAACAUGUUGUCGGAACUGGAUCAGCCAACUUGACGUGAGACACCCUUUGAAGACCUUGGACAAGGCAAAGUCGAAAAUAGAUGAGUCUGGCAUAAGAGGCAACACUAUCUAUGUUGAGCUGAUGAAGGGCUACUAUGACCUGCCAUCCACCCUCCACUUCACACACAAAUACCCGGCGCCGGUCACAUUCAGGGCCUACAAUGACCAGGAGGUGCACGUGACGGGCGGCAAGCGGAUCCCAGCGUCAUUGUUCCACAAGGUCACGGACAACUCCAUCCUUCAGAUGUUGCCACAACAAGCUCGAGGCAAGGUUCUGCAAGUCCAUCUCUCGGCCGCUGGAAUAUCUGACUAUGGCAAAAUCACGCGCUUUGGUUUCUACACGACCAAGAUUUCAUGGCUGGAGCUGUUUAUCAACGGGAACCCAACACGUCUGGCCAGAUACCCUAAUGAAGGGUACAUAGACGUGUCUGCUGUAAGCAGCAGAUACACCACAACCUUCACACACGGCUCCAGUGAGGAUGCACGGUGGAUACAUGAGAAGGAACCUUGGGCCAUUGGAUACUGGUACUGGAGCUGGGCUGAUGACGCUGUCAAAAUAGCGAAAAUUGAUCCGCAUAAACAUCAAAUCACCUUGGCGACCAAAAAUCGAUAUGGCCUCAGACUUGGUCAUUACAAUGAUGCUCACCUUCAAGGAUACUCUAACCAGGGAGGCUACUUCAGGGUCUUCAACAUGUUGUCGGAACUGGAUCAGCCGGGAGAAUUCUACCUGGACCGGUCUACUGGCAUCCUGUAUGUGUGGCCCAAUACACCGCACGGCACCCUGUCCGACACCGAUGUCAUCUACGCCUCUAUGGCCACAGACUGUGUGAAAACAGAUUUUGAGGUGAACAAUCUUCAAUUCCAAGGCUUUACCCUGGAGGCAUGUAGGCGGUAUGGAUUUGAUCUGAACCAUGGACACAAUAUUCACUUCAUCAAUAUGGAGAUAAAAAAUACAGGUGGUUACGGAAUCCAUUGUUCUGGUGACUGUCGGUCUGUGACUGUGUCCAGGUGUGAGAUACAUCACACCUGUGGAGGAAUUGCAAUCACAGGUGGUGAUCGGAAAACCCUAUCGACAUCUGGUAACGUGAUAGAAGACAACCACAUCUGGCAGUACGCACGUGUGGGGGCCGUCGGUAACAACGCCAUCAGCCCCGAGGGUGUGGGAAUAGCCAUGCGCUACAACCACAUCCAUGACGGCCAGUACACGGGCAUCCGAUGGGCGGGCAAUGAUCACUUGAUAGAGUACAACCACGUGCAUCAUCUUUGUGCCAACUCCAGCGACUGUGGAGCAAUACACGCCGGGAGAGACUGGACCAUGCGAGGCAACGUCAUCCGCUACAACCACAUCCACCAUACACUGAGAUACUUCCCCGGGGCCCAAGUCCGAGGCAUUAUGCUGGACGACGAGUACUCCAGCGUCAACAUUGAACACAACGUCUUCUGCGAUAACGAGGUACACGCCAACAUCGGCGGUGGCCGUGACAACCUCAUCCGUUACAACGUCUUCUACAAUGCCACUGCCGAGGCCAUACAGGUUGAUGGCAGAGGACUACACCAUUCCAGCGAAGCAGAACUGAUGCAGCAUCUCAAGGCUAUGCCGUACACUAACCCCCUGUGGACCAGCAGAUACCCUAAAUUGGCAAACAUCACCAACCCUGGGGAACCAAGAGGCAACGAAAUCUCAAAUAAUAUAUUUUUCAACACUCAUGGCAUCCCAAGCAUAUAUUACAGCCAAGCUGGUAUAGAAAAAACAGAGUACUUCUACGUGAGGAAUAACCAUAAGUCGAUUUCACCAACUGACUUCUGGUCACGUGAUGAUGCUGAUUUCCGGGUCAGGUGUCAUGCGCAAGAGUGGGCGAACGCUAUCAAUUUUCCCCAGCCCCCCGAUGUAAACCAUGUGGGACCACGUUACUUCACAGGACCAAGCUACUUGAACCAGCCCAGACCAACUCAAAAAUCUCCAGCUCAACCUGCUGCAUGUUCAGGUACCAUCGCUCCAGCAACGAAGACACCACAGACGCCAUACAUCUCAGAUGGCUCUGGUCCAAACACACUCUACCCGAGCAUUCCAAAACAAGGUUGUUGGUUGAUCAUCUCCGGGUGCCCGCCCCACCCCGUCAGUGGCACACAGAGGGACGUGUGGGGGGAGCAGCAUGAGCAGGCGGGGGUGAAGGAGGAGAACUGUCUGCAGCGGGCAGCAAAGGAGUGGCGGUACUGUGGCUCCCCCGACAAGGAAACUGUCACUGCAGUCUUCGGACCUACAGGCGCUAUGACCAUUGCUGGGAAACACUGCUAUUUCGCCGACUACGGGUGUCCAAGUCAUGGCGGUGCCCAUCCCGGCAGGCUGGAGGUAGAUGCCUACGGGGAGACCCACGGGGGACUCACAGACGAGGAGAAGUGUUUGACGAGAGCUGAUGGCCAAUGGACAUGGUGUGGGUCCGAUCCUGCUCAUCCCUACACAAGCAUCUAUGGCCCAACAGGUGCCACAAGACAUGCUGGAGGCGGGUGUUGGAUCAAAAUAAAGACCUGUCCCUCUGACAACAAACUGACUGGCUUCUUCUACGACGCCUGGGGAGCUACCAACCUAGAUACAGAUAAUGACUCCACCGAGUGCCUGGCCCGAGCUGACCACUUCUGGCAACACUGUGGGUACCAUCGAGACCUCCCCGUCACGGCCUUCUACAAACCAAGAGCAAUUUCUAAGACUGCGCCCUAAGAACAUGUAUCAACAUAUAGUUUAACAGUCGAGACUAGUUAUUUGUUGUUUAUCAUGCAUGAGUUAUUUAGAAAUAAAAAGCUUUGAUAACUG